AUGGAGAACUCUUCUUUGGGUGGUGAGAUAAAUCCUUCUUUGCUUAGCUUGAAACAUUUGAGCUACCUAGAUCUAAGCAGGAAUGAUUUUCAAGGGAUUCCCAUUCCCACAUUCUUUGGUCAACUCAAAAGUUUGAGGUAUCUCAAUAUCUCACAUGCUUCAUUUGGAGGAGAGAUUCCAGCUCAUCUUGGUAAUCUAUCAGACUUGAACUAUCUUGACCUCAGUGAAGAGUCUGACUACUCUUUACUUGAACUACCUCAAAACAACUUGAAAUGGCUUUCCAAUCUCUCUUCCCUAAAAUACCUCAAUCUUGAAGGAGUGGACCUCAGCAACACUGGGUUUCCACUUCCUGAAUGGUUUUUUUAUCUGACUAGCCUCAGAAAACUUGAUUUAAGCGGAAAUUUUUUGGGUGGUCCAGUUCCCAGUGAAUUUCAAAGCCUCAAAUCACUAGAAGCUCUUGAUUUGUCUUUUAAUGAUCUUGAAGGUCAAAUUCCCAAAAAAUUUGGGAACUUUUGCAAUCUAAAGACAUUGAAUCUUGCAAAUAACCAAUUCGAAGGGGGUAUUCAAGAGCUUUUGGGUGGUUUAUCAAGUUGUCCCAAUAGUGAAUUAGAGUCACUAGAUUUGUCUUCUAAUAAGCUGAAAAGCCAAUUGCCUGCCUCAGUAGGGAUGCUACACAACUUGAAGUAUCUUAACCUCUACAAUAAUGAUAUGAGUGGGUCCAUUCCUAAAAGUUUGGGGCAACUCUCCGAGAUUGUUCACCUAGAUCUAUCUUUUAACUCAUGGGAAGGGUUUUUAACAGAAGCCCAUUUCACAAAUCUCACAAGAUUGAAAUACUUUGCAUUAGGCAAAGACACCCCAUACCCUACUCUACCUAUUCCUCUCAUUUUCAAUGUGUCUUAUGAGUGGGUUCCUCCUUUCAAGCUGCACAAAAUUGACAUUGGGAACUGUAAAGUAGGUCCUGCCUUCGGGGCAUGGCUUCAAUCUCAAACUGAACUUGUCUUUGUCAAACUUUCUACUACAGGAAUCUCAGAUUCUAUAUCCGACGAUUGGUUCAUGAAACUAUCUUCCCAAGUUGAGUAUUUGGAUUUGUCUUCCAACCAAAUCCAUGGAAAGCUUCCCUUGCAAUUGAAACUCCCAAAUGCACUGUUUUUGGAUUUGAGUCAUAACCAAUUUGAUGGACCAAUUCCACUUUGGUCUGGUGACAAUGUGGUUGGGUUUAAGCUUGCAACUAAUUCAUUUUCUGGCACCAUUCCAUUGAAUUUUGACCAAAAGUUUCCAAAAUUGGAAUUACUUCUUCUUGCUGAAAAUCAUUUGCAUGGCACCAUUCCACCUUCCAUUUGCCACAUGAAACACUUGUAUACCCUUUCUCUGAGAAACAACAAGCUAUCAGGAGAAUUUCCAAAAGCAUGGAGCCUGUUGCCUGAUAUAAUGAUUGUAGAUGUUGCAUACAAUAAUCUCUCAGGAAAUCUUCCCACUUCAAUGGGUGACUCAGGUUCUCUUUUCAUGUUGAAGAUGAACAACAACAAUUUUGAGGGUGAAAUUCCUUUUUCCUUGCAAACCUGCACUUCUUUGAGGAACAUUGAUCUCGGGAAUAAUAGAUUCACUGGUGAAAUACCUCCAUGGAUAGGAUCAACUGCUUUCUUGGUGUCAACCCUAAGGCUGAGAUCCAAUUUUUUAAGUGGACAUAUCCCACAACAGUUGUGCAAUCUUGGCUACCUUCACAUCCUAGACCUUUCUCACAACAGCUUUUCCGGGACAAUCCCCAAGUGUUUGAACAAUCUAACUGGUCUUAGAAUCUUUAAUAAUAGUUUUUAUAAUAUAUAUCUAGGGUAUGACCAACAAACAACAGUGAUGAGAGGAAGAGAACUCCAAUUGAACACUUCUCUAGCGUAUGUAAAAAGCAUUGAUCUUUCAUCAAAUAGGUUUGAAGGUGAAAUUCCUCAAGAAAUAUGCAGCCUUGUUCUAUUGCGCAACUUGAACUUGUCGAUGAAUCAGUUCAGUGGAAACAUCCCAUCAAAGAUCGGAAACUUGUUGCAGCUCGAUACUCUUGAUCUCUCACUCAACCACCUUUCAGGACAGAUUCCUCAAAGUCUUUCAUCCUUGACCUUCUUGUCUAACUUGAACUUGUCCUAUAACAACUUGAGUGGUGAAAUUCCUUUGGGAAACCAACUCCAAGCACUCCCUGACUCAACCAUUUAUGAGGGCAACCCAUUCCUUUGUGGAUUUCCUCUUUCUUCCAAGUGCUUUGAAGAUGGCAAUUCUACUCCCAAGGAUCCAAAAGGCAAUGACAAUGAAGAUGGAAAUGAGAAGUUCUGGUUCUAUGUGAGUAUGGCACUCGGGUUUAUCGUAGGCUUUUGGUGUAUUUUUGGCACAUUAAUUGUGAAGAAGUCAUGGAGGUACGCUUAUUUUCGAUGGUUUGACGACAUCAAAGAUAAGGCAACGCUAUGUGUGUGUCGCUUGGUUUGCCAAGAGUGA